AUGGAACUGCUAGAGGUGGAACUGCUAGAGGCUAAAUUGCUAGAGCUGGAACUGCUGGGCUUGAACUACUUGAGCUCUGGAACUGCUAAGCUUGAGCUGCAACAGCUGGAACAGCUAGAGCUUGAGCAGGUAGAGCUGGAACUGCUAAGCUUGAACUGUGAGCUGGAACUACUAGAACUGGAACUACGUGAACUGCUAGAGGUGGAACUGCUAGAGGUGGAACUUCUAGAGCUAAGACUGCUAGAGUUGGAACUGGCAGAGCUUGAACUGAGAGAGCUUGAACUGCUAGAGGUGGAACUAAUAGAGCUGGAACCGGAAGAGCUUGAACUGCUGGAGCUUGAGCAGCUAGAGCUGGAACUGCUACAGAUUGAACUGGUACAGCUAGAAAUGCUAAAGCUUGAACUGCUGGAGAUUGAACUGCUAGAGCUUGAGCAGCUAAAGCUUGAACUGCUUGUCCUUGAACUGCUAAAGCUGGAACUACAAGAGCUUGAGCUCCUAGAGUUGAAAUUGCUAGAGCUGGAACUUAUAGAGCUUGAACUUGAACAGCUAGAGCUGGAUCUGCUAAAGCUGGAAGAGUUACAGCCUGAACUGCUAGAGCUGGAAAUGCUAGAGCUAGAACACCUAGAGCUGGAACCGAAACUGCUAGAGAUUGAACUGCUAGAGCUGCUUGAGCAGCUAGAGCUUGAACUGCUAGAGCUGGAACUGCUAGAGCUGGAACUCCUAGAGAAUGAACUGCUAGAGCUUGAGCAGCUAGAGCUGGAUAUGCUAGAGCUUGAACUGCCAUAG